UACAUGCAUAAUGUACGGCGACGCCAUAUUGUUUACAAAUUGUUUUGCUUUUUGUUCAUUUGCUGCAUCUGAAACAAAAACUCAAAGAAACAAAUGUGAGUUGUGUUUUGAACAAUGGAGACUUAUUUCAAGUCUGAAGAAGAGUAUAAACCUGAACCUGAGCCUGAGAAAACAAUAUGCAGGUGUUGUCUAAUGACCGACAAGCGAAUGUUCAAUAUUUCGCUGUUCGCUACACAUUUUAGGGAUUUAGCAGGAUUGAAUGUAUCUGACUCCGAUGGGCUCCCACCAUGGCUGUGCCAUGAGUGUGCUGCGCUGCUACAGAAAGCAGUCCGCUUCAAGCAGAAGCUGCUCAGAGCCAACUCAAUGCUGUGCGACUAUCUUAUGAGAUGUGCUCCUUUCCCCAUCGACGCCCAAGACCCGGAGCUGAGCAAGUACUCAACACCAAACCUGAAGGAAACCAACACUCUUGCCUUCGACAACACCGGGAAGAAGCUCGGAUACCAAAAAACGUUGGAGCAUGAGAAGAGGCCAGUAGAAUCGGCACUCCUCACUGUAGAACUGCCUUUGAUAGAAGAACCGACACCUACAGUGGGACCUCCCCCCGCAGAACUCCUCAAGGAGGAGUUUGACUCCUUCGACGAUUAUGAAGACAACAUUACGUUGGAGGAGAUCAGAAACACGGCAGUGAAGUCUGACAACGAGAUACCUGACGAACCUCUAGUCAAGGAAGAAGAGGAAACCAAGAAAAAAAGGAAGAGCAAAAAAAAGGAACAGCCCAAGGCCAAGCGGAAGAAGAGCAAAGAACCAGCGGAGGGUGAAGAGCCGAAAACCAGCAUCAGAAAGACGGUGGAGCUCGACCCCACCAAGAUACGCAUCGUCAUGCUGAACCCAGAGGAGCAGUUCAAACAGUGUGAGGAAGAGAGCAAAGCCAAGUUCCCGUACCAGUGUCACCUGUGCUACAAGGGAUUCAAUUUCGACACCAAACUGGAGAACCAUAUGAGGAAACACAGCCCGUCCCGAGGCCCGUUCUCAUGUUCGCUAUGCACCAUGUACUUCCCGUCGGCGUACAGCCGCAGCGUGCAUGCACAUAUCCACACGCGCCGCUACGAGUGCGUAGCCUGCGGACGCCGCAUGAUCGACCGCGCUUCCAUACUAGACCACUACAGAAAUCAACACGAAGGACUUGUGUCACACUUCACGUGCCAUCUAUGUGGAAAAGUUUCAACCAACAGUAAGACCCACCGCGGCCACAUGAGGAACCACCACGGCGGCCAGCGGCCCGAGUGCGAGCAGUGCGGCAAGACGUUCGUCAACAAGGACUCGCUCGAGGAGCACAGGCAGAUACACCAGGGCAUCAAAAACUACUCGUGCUCCGAGUGCGGCAAGCGGUUCCGAACGCGAACGCAGAUAAAACAUCACCAGCUGAAACAUACCGACGUGAAGGAGUACUACUGCGUGGAGUGUGACGUCAGAUUCAAGUCGGCACACAGUUUACGUCAACAUCUAGUGAAAAGUUUGAAACACAAGGACAAACAUAGUUUGAAGUUCUUGUGCACGCGCUGCGACAAGCGGUUCCCGUGCGCGCGCUCGCUGGGCGCGCACCAGGCCGUGCAGCACGACGGGCUGCGCGCGCACGCCUGCGGCCUCUGCCCCGCCGCGCUCGCCUCCAGGGCCUCGCUCGCCAAGCACCGCCGCCACGUGCACCAGGGCGCCCGCCCGGCCAAGAGGCACGUCUGCGACGCCUGCGGGAAGGCCUUCAGGGGCAAAUCAGUGUUAAUUAACCACGUCCGCACACACACCGGGGAGAAACCGUUCUCGUGCCCCACGUGCGGCCGCAAGUUCUCGCAGAGCACCGCCAUGCGCACGCACGUCGACCUGGUGCACCUCAAGCGACGCCGCGGGAAGGCGAAACAGGAGCCCCCGGCGUCCGAGGAGCCGUCGAAGAUAGAUUUGUUCACCAAAGAGGAGCCCCAGAUAGUGUUCGACGCGUGGAGACAGAACAUGCCCAACUGCGAGGUCUACUUCACCGUCACCGCGGGACCUUAGACGUAAACCAAAACUAGUUGCUCUGUGAUGGGGUCAGCCAUGAAUUACGUCACACGAGAGGACGAGGGAGGGGAGGGAAGGGUUCAAGAAAAUGACAUGUGACAUUGUGAGGGGGAAGCACAAACUUUGUGACGUCACUUUUAGGUCAAGAAAAUGUGACAUGGGGAGGGGAGUCGCAAACUUUGUGACGUCACAUAGGUCAAGAAAAUGUGACAUAUUGUGACAUGGGGAUGGGAAAUCACAAACUUUGUGACGUCACUUUUAGGUCAAGAAAAUGUGACAUGGGGAGGGGGAUUCACAAACUUUGUGACGUCACUUUUACUUCAUCAGUAACUCAAAAUUUAUAAAAAAAAAAUUUUCGCUGUACUGUUUAAUAAUGAGUUUUUGGAACAAUAAUAAUCGUUCUUAUUCGUUUAAUUUUCUUUCGUAAUCGGUUUUGUGUUAUGACUUUACUAAUAUUUCUUUUAUCAAAAAUAUUUUGAUAGUAUAUUACUAAUCCGAUUUGCCGAUUUCGUUGAAAACAAAAUUGCCAAAAAUGUGAUGUGUGAGGGGAUUGCCAAAUGUGACAAGGAGGGGGGAGGAGUCCAAAAACCUAGAAAUUCGUGUUACGUAAUUAAUGGAUGACCCCUAAUUUUGUAUUUGGCAUAUGGUGGAAAUGUUGGUAGAGCGGCAGGCUGGUAUGCCGGUAGCGAGUUGGUCCAAACGGUCCAUCCUGCAUGUAGGUUAUUUAAUUUUAUCACUGCCAUUUGUAUAGGGAGUAUUACUGCAAUGUUCUGCCGCCAGAGUGCAGCACUAAAACACCUAUCGUAAACCAUAGAGUAACUUAUACCGAAGUGAAUAUGAAAUAGAGGUGUAUUGUCAAAGACUUUGUAGCGACGUGAAUUUACUGCCAUCUUUCGACACACAAUUAAAACUUUUAGAACGACAUUUGAUUUUGAUCCCUAUUGUUUCACUGAUAUGUGUUCAAUUUGUUAAAUAUCAAAAAGCGCCAUCUUACCGGACACUACUUAAAGGUUAUGGCGCCAUCGCUCGAAACGAUGCUGCUACCUUUGGCCUUUGAUCUAUUAGAUGGCGCCACUUUUUGAUAUUUAACUCAUAUCAGUAAAAGAAUAAAGAUCAAAGUCAAAUGGCGUGAUAGAGAGGUUAGAUAACGAAAUUUCGAUUUUCUUGUUUGGCGGUAGACCCUCAGAUUGUGAUGGAUUGUGGUAGUGGCGCCCCCUACGCAGAGUUUCGCGUAAUAUUCCCUAUUAAAUGAAAUGUUAUGUUCCUAUUUACGAGUAUAAUACCUCCGUAUAAAGGUGAAUUACAAUAGUACAUUAUGCAACGAGGGAGGCAAGUGAAAUUUUGGAUACGAGGGAAUUAAAGACCCGAGUUUGCAAUAUUAUUUCCCCUUGGAGUUACACACAAUGUUUUCCAUCACACUUGCGAAGAAAAACUAAUUAUUAAGCGAAAUAAUUCUUAAAUACGGUGAUAUAUCAAACAUUCGUACGCCAUUUUGUUCGUAAUUUGUUUUUAGCUGUGUAAAUUUACGAAUAAAACAAAUUGACUUCAGUUUGAGAAAAGCACUAUUAAAAUCUCGGCGAGAAACGGGGUUGUCGGCUUCGUAUCCCUAACCGGCCUCGCUACGCUCGGUCGUCUAUAUCUACUUGCCUGCAACCCUUCGUUUCCCGCCCUCUAUUGUAAUGUACUAUAUAUUGCGAAAUCUUUUCUUCUUGUUAACAUCGGUCACAUUCGAUAACUCAACGUCUGUUCUCAGAGUCUCUUUGCCGUUGUGAGUGUCACGUCUCAAAAUAUCGAUACGAAAAACGUGCCAAAAAUAUGUAUACACUACAUUAAUGUACGGGCAAUAAAGUCGUGUAUACAUAUUUUUGGCACUUUUUUCGUAUCGAUAUUUUCAUACGUGACUGUACCACUGAAAAUCCACAACAUGGUUAAAGCCAAAUAAAAUGUUAUCAGAUAAUAAUUGUUCGCUUGAUGUAUUAUUUCAUUUUAGAAAUUAAAGGAGGAACAUCUCUAUGUAUGAAAAGUGUCCAUCAAAAAACAUUAAAUAGGCGGCGCCACAAUACACCGAAAUAAAAUGUCAUAGACCUAGUAUUUAUAUAGAUGUGCUAUACGCGUGCGCCCGUGAGGGACAGAACAUACGCAAUGCGACAAAAUUAAAAACACAUUUUAACAUUCCUGACAACAUACCCAAAACAACCUACGUAAUUUGGUCGGGUUAUUUGUUGCCCCUCCCCCCAUUUCGUCUCUAUAUUAUUAUACCUCUAUGGUUCAUGUAAUCCAUGAGCCUACUACCUAGCGCCACCGGAGAAAUUAGGAAAUAUUAUUUAAACCUGAAAGCUGGUCACUUUUGCAAUAGUUCUGCCAUAAGAGAUUUUCCUCCUUUAAAUUCCACACUUCAUAUUUUAAACGUCAAACUUGUAUGAAAUUAUGACGUUUACUUGACACUUGCACCGUCUGGGCUAUUAAAAUCGCUGCCAACUUAUCUUGGUCUGACUUUGAUUCUAUAAAUCUGAAAAGGAAUACUCAAUGAUGCCCAGAAAUUUAAAGAAAUAUUAUCGUGUGAAUAUAAAUAACUAUGAUGAUUAUUUUGUAAUAAAUAAAUUUAGAAAA